UGUGGGCCCGUACCUGUGAGAGACGUUCCCGGUCCGGGUCCGGUGCGCCUUCGGGUGGCCUCGUACGUGGGAGCGUUGCCGCGUAAAAAGGAAGAACUGAGGAAAAAACAAACUAUGAAAGUAUUGGUUAUUGGCCUUGGGGGUGUAACAAAUGGAGGGAAAACAACGCUAGCAGAAAAACUUAAGAAUAUGCUUCCCAACUGUGAUAUAAUCUCUCAAGAUGACUUCUUUAAGCCAGAGUCUGAAGUAGAAACAGAUGAACGUGGAUUUAAGCUAUAUGAUGUACUUGAUGCCCUCUAUAUGGAUGAAAUGGUGACAAGCAUUCGCAAUUGGAUGAAAAGCCCAGCAAGCUCAGGUGUUGUGACAGAAGAGCCAGAGAAUAUAUGUGACAAUCUGAAAAAUGUUUAUAUUUUGAUUGUUGAAGGCUUUCUCCUUUACAAUUAUGAGCCACUUAAUGAACUAUGGAAUAGAAGAUAUUUUUUGACCCUUCCUUAUGAAGAGUGCAAAAGGAGAAGGAGCACCAGAGUCUAUCAGCCAGCAGAUACACCAGGGUACUUCGAUGGACACGUGUGGCCUAUGUAUUUGAAAUAUAAAAAUGAAUUGGAAGAGAAUGCAAGUAUGCAAGUCGAUUAUUUGGAUGGAACAAAAUCCCAAGAAGAGCUUUUAUCCUAUGUGUAUAGUGAUAUAAUACAGGAAUUAAACAAGCUGAGGGAAGAAACAGUUGGGAAUAGAUGUUAAGAAAAUGAAAACAAACCUGAAGAGAACUCAGAUUGUUGGAAAAAGGUGGGGAAAUAAGAUGUAGAGAAUGGAGAUGCAUCAUUGACAAGAUAUAGUACAUAUAUUUUGCAGAGAUUGACUGGGAUGGCACAGACAACUAGAUAAUAAAUCCAUGCUUCAGGGAGGAAGAAGGAAGAAAUAAUUGUUAUUAACAUUCAUAACUCACAUUGAAAGUGAAAUGAAACUGAAAUAUUGUGAGUGAAAUGUUCAGAAAGCAGGAAUGCCAGACAAAUGUUAAAGCUUUGUUAAAGAAUUUGUGUAUAUAGAUUUACGCAAACUAGGAAAUUGGAUCAUAUUUUGUUCCUGAAUAAAUAAUGUCUUAACUCUUAUAUUUUCUAGACAAUAGGGUACAUUUUUAUGAGCCAGAAUAAAAAAAAAAACUACAGACAUGGAAAGGAAAGGAUGGAUUUUAUUAUUUGAUAUGUGACAGCUGAACUGGUCAGUGAUUGAAAUGUAGUACUUUAUUGUAAAAGUCCUAAAUCUAUGUAUAAGAAAAAGAUGUUAUCACAGAUGACAGCUGUGUUUAGCUGUGUUUAAAACAAAGUGCUUCCAAAUAUAAUUUUGUACUAUUAUUUUGCACUAAAAAUUCUUCGUCUUGCAUUUGCUCAUA